AUGGACAAAACACAAUUGGACGAAUACAUACACAACAUCACCAACUCCAUACAAAAAACCUGCGAUAAACUCAUCCCCCGAGCCACUGGACCUCCUAAACGAGCACCCUGGUGGAAUGAACAAUUAAGCUCACUAAAACGCACUGUUCUACAAAUACACCAUAAGAUAUGCAACAUAAAACGCAGAGGAAACCACAUCAACCCCGAAAUACUAUUACAGAAACUCAAUGCACAAAACAAAUACUCAAAUGCCAUUCGUACCGCUUCAACCAACAGCUUCAGAGAAUUCUGUCAAAAACAAAAAAAAGAAGACGUAUGGUCCAUCACCAAUCGCCUAAUUAAAACGCGUCCCAUCACCCAACCACCAUCCACUCUAUUACUUGAAGACGGUACAUACACUAAUAACACCCUCAGCACAGCUACUGCACUCAUAAACAAUUUCUUCCCCGACGACACCCCUGAUCACACAAAUUAUCAAAUCACUAGCCGAGCUAUUAUGCAUCACCCAAUUCACAAUCCUUACGAGCCACCAUUCACCACCUCAGAAAUCAUCGAAACUCUCAAAACAAUAAAUCAUAAAAAAGCCCCUGGGCCCGAUCACCUCACUGCGGACAUAUGCCUUCAAUUUGCCAAAGCCUCCCCUAACAUCAUUACCCAAGUCCUAAACAGAUGCCUCGCACUCGAAUAUUUCCCAAAAUCUUGGAAAAUCGCACAAGCCAAAAUCAUUCCCAAACCAAACAAAUCCAACUAUACAGACUUAUCUAAAUUCCGAACAAUUGGACUAAUCAACGUAUUUGGCAAACUACUAGAAAAACUCAUCAUAAACAGACUCACCCACCACAUGAACGUCACCAACACAUAUUUUAAAUCACAAUAUGGAUUCAAACUACAAACAUCCACGGUAGACGCCAUCCGCAACGCACUCAAUACAAUCAAAACCGCCAAAAACAACAAAGAACAUGUCAUUGCGGUAUCAUUGGACAUCAAAUCAGCAUUUGACAACGCAUGGUGGCCUGCCAUAUUCCUAAGAUUACGUAAAAUCAAUUGUCCUAGUAACAUAUACAGAAUACUUCUUAGCUACGUGGAGGACAGAGAGGUGUUCAUCAACUUCUCAGACUGCACUGUCAAUAAAAAGAUGUCCAGAGGGUGCGUCCAAGGAUCUGUCUGCGGACCCACUCUCUGGAACCUCAUACUCGAGGAAUUACUUAAUAUAAAUCUCCCAGACGGCUAC